AAUCAUCCCAACGCUUCAUAGUUCCACUGUCAUCAGAUGUAUUUUAAGGAAGAGUGAUAAGGUGUAGUGACGAUGUCACUCUUUGGACCAUGUACAUGUCGUGUCUUUCUCUUCUUACAAAGAAGUCCCUCACCUUAUCUAGUCAAAUCAUCAAGGCAACCAAAUGCUGUGGCUCAUUGUGUGUUGAAAGCUCUGCGCAAUUUCAUUGUCACGAUCCAAAGUCCAACUGUUGCAACAACAUGCAGCAACUUCAACUUCGGAACAGCCUGGAUAAGAUUUAUUGGGUUAAGGAUUUGAAAUUAUGGUCUCAGUUCUCAUCAAGGAUGACUAAUAUUCACCUGAACAGAGACGGAGCUACCGUGACCACAGGAUGGUAAAACGUGUCAUGGUGGCCUAUGCCCUCUGGGCAAUAGGUGGCCCAUUGGGCCUUCACCAUUUAUAUCUAGGAAGAGACAGCCACGCUCUGCUAUGGAUGCUAACCCUGGGAGGGUUCGGGUUCGGCUGGGUCAGAGAGGUCAUACGUAUCCCCGCUUAUGUUGGUGAGGCUAAUCAAGAGGCAGAUAGUGAGAGAAAAAGACCCCCUGCCGUGGUCCCUCCACCCGUGAGCCCUGUCAGAUUCGCAGGGCAGGUGUGUGUCGGGAUCUACUUUGGCGCCGUGGCUCUGAUCGGACUCAACUCCCUCAGUUUCUUCUACUUGAUCGUCCUGCCUUUAUGUGUGGGCUCCGGGGUACAUUUGGUGUCCAGCGUUGGCCAACAGACCUCUGACCUCCAAAAAACUUUGACUACUUGUCUCCUAACUUCCCCGAUAUUCUACGGCAGCACCCUGUCACCUCUCCCUAUUAGCCUGGCUGCCAGUGUCACUGCUGCUCAGCACCGCAGGUUCAGAACCCUGCAGACGCCUCGGAGAACACAGGAACUAGGGCCACGGCUUUACAAGCUCAGUCUAGCUUGGCUGGCCUUCUCUGCUCCGCUGGGUUACUGUAUUUUCCAUAACACCACAGCCACACUGUACUACCUGUCCGACUGUGUGGCAGCGCUGCUGGAUCUUUUUUGGUUCCUGCCCUGGCUCAGAAGUGUGCUGGAGUACAUUCUUUUAAUGCCAUAUCGGAUAUUGUGUUCUCUCACUGGAGGGGGUUACUACGAAGAAACUUGGAGAAAGGUGCUGGAAAUUCUGCUCAGAGAGUACACCGAGAAAGAAAAAGAGGCGCUGAAGGUAUUGUCAUUGGAAGCAGAGGCUUCUCUUGCAGAGAUAACUCAAAGCUACAGGGAGCUGGUCAAGACAUGGCAUCCAGACCACAACCCCGGAGAGGAGGCAGAGGCAAUGUUUAUAAAGAUCCAAGAGGCCUAUGAGGUGCUGCUCCGGCGGCACAGACCCAGUCCAUUCUAAUAGGUGCUCACAGGCCUAAAUAGCUGCAAGAGAAAAAAAAUGAAUAUGAGAGUUUGAUUGCAUUGUUUUACAGUCAUAAUUUACAGAGAGUUGCAGCGUGUUGACAUCAAUCACCCCUUAAAAACCUACUUCCCUUGGUAGAACAGCAUUUGAGCAGCUGUCUGAGUAGUUACUUGGCAGAGGUUGCUGCCACCUUGUGGCACCACAGGUGUAACAACACCAUAAAUUGGUUCCACCAGAACAAUUUGACUUGUAUUUUUUUGCUUUCUUGCCAUUAAAAGCUGAAAAACGACAGCCA